UACUGCGCACGCGCUACAUGAGUUUCCGGAAGCAACACGCUUGUAUUUUUUUUUUUGACCCGGCAAACAUCUGUCAAUUUGGACUUCAACCGAGCAGCGUUGGUCUUAAAAUCCGUGACCGUAGUUUUCCAUGAACGCCAACAUGUCGCCGUCUUGCGUCCGCCUCCGUCAAGUUAGCUACUGUCCUCGUGAAGGAAACUAACCGUGUUUUCUUGUCCCCUGGUCAACAAGUUGUGUUGAGAAUGGACAGCAUAGCGUUGGAGCUCGACGCGAUCAAAUUCGCCAAAACGGCGGUCACCUACGACCAGAAUGGCAAAUACAACGAAGCUGUGUUUUACUAUAAGGAGGCCGCCCAGGCCCUCAUCUACGCCGGCAUGGCGGGCUCCAAGCUGGACGGCAUCCAGGACAAAGUCAACGAGUACCUGGAUCGAGUACAGACCCUCCACAAUGCGUUGAGCGCAGUGGAGGCGCAAAAGAGCGACCCGCUCAAGUCCCGUCAUCAGCUGGACCUGGAGCGUGCCCACUUCCUGGUCACGCAGGCCUUUGAGGAGGACGGCAAGGGAAAUGACGACGAAGCCGUGGAGCUCUACACUCAGGCCGUAGAGCUCUGCAUCAAGACGUCCAACGAGACGUCUGACCAGGCUAUGCAGACCAAGCUCAAGCAGUUGGCCCAUCAAGCUUUAGACAGGGCGGAAGGUCUCAAGCAAUCACAGUCCAAGUCCGGUCCAUCACAGACUCAGGACAGGGCGGGACCGUCGGGGGUGAAGGCCGGCUCGUCGGGACCCGUCCGCCAGUUUUUCCCGCUGGGUCCCGACUUUUCUCUCAACGACCGCCCGCAACCUCAGCCCAUGAGGGCGGUCCAGUCCAGUGAACCACACGGUCAGCGAUACUCGUCUGACGAGAUCGAGGUCCUCAGGAGCACGUCGACAAUCAACGGCAUCGCCUACGUUCCCUUCAUGAGCGUGGACCUCAAGGAGCGCUUCGCCUUUCCCGUGCCUUUCUCGGACAAAUCAGGCACUUUGGCUCUGUCACCCAAGCAGAAAGUCAUCUUCUCCCGCUGGGUCCGACCCGACGAGAUCUGCACCAGUCCCACCAUGAUCAUGUCUGUGUCCAGCUUCAGCAUCAAGCAGACGGUGGUGUCCGACUGUUCCUUCGUGGCUUCGCUCGCCAUCAGCGCCGCCUACGAGAGACGCUACAACAAGAAACUCAUCACCAGCAUCAUCUAUCCUCAGAACCGACGAGGGGAGCCCGAGUACAACCCAUGUGGGAAGUACAUGGUCAAGCUGCACAUCAACGGCGUUCCCAGGAAGGUGAUCAUCGACGACUUUCUGCCCGUGGACCACAACGGCGAGCUGCUGUGCUCGUACUCCAGCAACAGAAAUGAGCUGUGGGUGUCGCUCAUCGAGAAGGCUUACAUGAAGGUGAUGGGAGGGUACGACUUCCCCGGAUCCAACUCGAACAUCGAUCUCCACGCGCUCACCGGCUGGAUCCCCGAGCGCAUCGCCAUGCACUCGGACAAUCAGUCGUUCAGCAAGGACGACACUUUCCGCAUGCUCUUCCAGAGGUUCCAUCGAGGCGACGUCCUCAUCACCACGGCGACCGGCGUGAUGACGGAGGAGGAAGGGGAGCAGUGGGGCUUGGUGCCAACUCACGCCUACGCAGUCCUCGACAUCAGGGAAUACAAGAACAUGCGCUUCCUUCAGCUGAAGAACCCUUGGAGCCACUUGCGAUGGAAAGGCCGCUACAGCGAGCGAGACGAGAACAACUGGACUCCCGAGCUCCUCAAAUACCUCAAUUUUGACCCCAAGACGGCGCAGAAGUUUGAUAAUGGUGUGUUUUGGAUCGCUUGGGAGGACUUGUGUCAAUAUUAUGAUGUCAUUUACCUCAGCUGGAACCCGUCGCUGUUCAAAGAAUCCACCUGCAUCCACAGCAGCUGGGAUGGAAAGCAAGGCCCCGUCAAGGACGUCUACAGUUUAGCCAACAACCCGCAGUACAAGCUGGAGGUGCAGUGUCCAGCAGGGGGCGCUGCCGUGUGGGUGCUGCUUUCCAGACAUAUCACCGACAAGGAGGACUUUGCGCAGAACCGAGAGUUCAUCACGUUGGUUGUUUACAAGACGGACGGCAAGAAGGUUUACUAUCCAGCCGAGCCCCCUCCCUACAUCGACGGAAUUCGGAUCAACAGCCCCCACUACCUGACCAAGAUCCGUCUGACCAACGCCGGGUCGCACACCUUCACGCUGGUGGUGUCGCAGUACGAGAAGCAGAACACCAUCAACUACACGCUGAGGGUUUACUCCGGUUGCAAAUUCAACUUCUCCAAGAUCCCGAAUCCCUUCACGCACACCAAAAGGAUUAACGGCCAGUGGAAAGGCGCGAGUGCCGGCGGCUGCGGCAACUAUAAGGACUCGUACAAGAACAAUCCAGUCUACCAACUGCAGCUGGAGCGAUCCGGUCCACUGCUCAUAGAACUGCGAGGUUCCAGGCAAUACAGCGUUGGCUUUGAAAUGGUCACCGUGUCGACCACGAGCGAUGGCGGCGCCACUUCCACGUCCAAGAGGAGCAGCGGAGAUUACAGAUGCGGCUUCUGCUACAUGGAUUGCGAGCAGGUCCCGGCGGGCGUUUACAACGUGGUGCCCACCACCUUCCUGCCCAAACAGGAGGGCCCCUUCUUCCUGGACUUCGCCAGCACCGCACCCCUCAAAGUGGCUCAGCUGCAAUGAUUGGUCUUGAGCCACGUCGCAAACCUGCCAAUCACAAGUGGACUCCACGUCUGCAAGCCAAUCAUUUAUUUACCUGACUUUUUUUUUUAAAGACAAAAUGCUUCCAUGACGUGUGUCAUGGAAUAUGGAUGUCUGUUAUUAUGAAGACAUUAAAUGGACAGCUAUGUACUGUA